CUUCAUCUUGCCUUUCGAUCCCUCACGACACUUGGAUUCUCGGGGCUCUUUUUCUUUGCUUUUCUGAGUUUCGACUUUGAACAAACAGCACCACCACAUAUCUUACGUCCGACCCGACACACUGCGCAAGGAUGACUUCUAAGCUGCCAUCCGUUUUGGACGCUACGGAGGAGGACAUCAGCCUCCUUCUGGCCGCUCAGACCCACAUUGGUGGUAAGCAGGUGGAGAAGGCUAUGCUGCCUUACGUCUACAAGCGCAGAGCAGAUGGUAUUCACUUGCUUAACCUCGGCAAGACCUGGGAGAAGAUCGUCUUCGCUGCUCGUAUCCUCGCUGCCAUUGAGAACCCAGCCGACAUUGUGGUGCUCUCUGGUCGUCAAUACGGACACCGAGCUGUGCUCAAGUUCGCAUCCAACACUGGUGCUACUGCCAUUGCCGGUCGUUUCACGCCCGGUUCCUUCACCAACUACAUCACCCGAUCGUUCAAGGAGCCCAGAAUCAUCGUGGUGACUGACCCUCGCGUCGACCACCAAGCUAUUCGCGAGGCUUCUUACGUCAACAUUCCCGUCAUUGCUCUGUGCGACACCGACGCUCCUUUGCGUCACGUCGACGUUGCCAUUCCAGGUAACAACAAGUCCAAGCACUCUGUCGGUCUUCUCUGGUGGUUGUUGGCUCGCGAAAUCCUGCGUCUUCGCGGAACCAUCCCUCGCACUCCUGACGGUUGGGGAGUCAUGGUGGACAUGUUCUUCUACCGCGACCCUCAAGAGAUUGAGCAAGAGGCGAACGAAGCUGCGGCUGCUUUGGCAGAGAAGAACGCUCCAAUCGAGACGGUCGGAGACCAGGAAGUCGAUUUGGGAGGCGUUGGACCCAGCUCCAUCGCACUCACUGCUGCUCAGGGCGGUGCACCUGCUGGAGAAAAGGUAGACUGGGCCGCUGAUGGCGAUGCGCAAGACUGGGCCGCUGACGGCGCUGCCGCUGGUGGUCAGCAAGCUUCCGGCUGGGACUAAGUGUCCUCGCCGAGUAGCGCACCAGUCGAUGCGUCGCCACAUUGGCGCAUCCCGCUCCUCUCUUUUCCUUCUUUGCGGGUGCUCUGCUGGCAACAGUAAUGUCUUCCCUUUGUCCCCCCAUUGUCGUCUGGCCCUCGUCGUUCGGCACCUUUGGUGAAUGCCUUUUGAAAACCCCAAAGAGGCAUGCGGCGAAGUUCCAACAACCCGAGUUGUAAUACUAACAUUUUCGGGGUGCCCCCUUUCCUCAACAAGCCCAAAAAAUCACACCUUCACGCAUGUAUGCAAGCUCAACACAAGGCUUCUGUGCUAAUGUGAGAGACCAAUUUCAUGGUCAAUUGCUCCAUGCAUACGAUAUGAGGUUGCAGACCGAUGAGUUUGAGCCGAGUCACAGUCAAGAGCGUUGCAAUCAUAAUCAAAUCGUUCUCCU